AUGGCCGCCGUCGCUGAAUCACUUAUUUUUCGCACCUGCAAACUUUCUUUAAAUCAGGUGCGAAAUGUUCAGUCGACUGCAGUACAGGCUGCUGCUGCCGCAGCUAAAAAGGAAAAACCAGAGAAGCUCAAAACAUUCGCAGUGUACCGAUGGAAUCCAGAUAAACCAGAACAAAAGCCUACCUUGCAGGAAUACGAAGUUGACUUGAAUUCCUGUGGUCCGAUGGUUCUCGAUGCCUUAAUCAAAAUUAAGAAUGAAAUCGAUCCGACUCUGACCUUUAGGAGGUCCUGCCGUGAAGGUAUCUGUGGAUCUUGUGCAAUGAAUAUUGGUGGAGUUAACACCCUUGCAUGCAUUACUGAGAUUGAUCAGAACCCUUCGAAGCUUAAAAUUUAUCCAUUGCCACAUAUGUAUGUGAUCAAAGAUUUAGUGCCUGAUUUGAACAAUUUCUAUGAACAGUAUAGAUCCAUUCAACCUUAUUUACAGAGAGAAGGUGAUAAACCUGCUGGUGAAGUUCAGCUUUUGCAAAGUGUUGAGGAUCGUCAGAAAUUGGAUGGUCUUUACGAAUGCAUCCUCUGUGCUUGCUGCAGCACAUCGUGCCCUUCCUAUUGGUGGAAUGGAAACAGAUAUCUUGGCCCGGCUGUGCUAAUGCAGGCUUAUAGAUGGGUCAUCGACUCACGAGAUCAAAAAACUCAAGAACGUUUGGAAAGGCUUAAGGAUCCCUUUUCAGUCUUCAGGUGCCAUACCAUUCUCAACUGUACCAAAACUUGUCCAAAGGGUCUGAAUCCAGCUCGUGCGAUCGCUGAAAUGAAGAAGCUCGUUUCAGGUAUUCAAAAGAGAGAAGAACCGAAAAUGGCUGCUAGUGCUUGA